GAACGAUUGAUUUAAGACCUAAGAUUCUGAUGAGGAUACGCACAUAGAUUCUCCAAAUCCUAAAAGCGACAGAAAUGUUUCUCUCCCGCCGGUUAAUCGCAAGUGAUGCCGGCCGCCGCAUCAUCUCUUAACCCUUUCUUCAUAUCUCUUCUCCGCCCUUCAUCCCAAAAGAGACGAUUUUUAUCGACUGAAGAAUACAUACUGGAAGGACUAUCGGUUAAUUUAAGGUGAAAAUGUAUAAAGAACGAGGAGGGGGCGGGUCGAAGACGGAGGUGGGUCAUAUUGAACGGAAACGGAUCAACGAUGCUUUGGAUAAGCAUUUGGAGCGACCGUCUCCGUCCACAUCCCGUGGAUUUAGUCAGGAUUUGAUAACCGCUGCUCAUGCGGUUUUAGCCGGUGGUGGUGGUAGUGGUGGUAAAACGCCCAUUGAUAAUAAGGACUCUCGUUCUAUGUCUUUGUCUGAAAACAAACGCUCUGAUGAGGAAUCUGAAUCAGACAGCGAGGAGUCAGAUGUUAGUGGCUCUGAUGGAGAUGAUGCAUCCUGGAUUUCAUGGUUCUGUAACCUGCGUGGAAAUGAGUUCUUUUGUGAAGUUGAUGAGGAUUAUAUCCAAGAUGAUUUUAAUCUCUGUGGAUUAAGUGGCCAAGUCCCUUAUUAUGAUUAUGCUCUGGAUUUGAUUCUGGAUGUGGAGUCUUCUCAUGAUGCAGGUGAUAUGUUUACAGAGGAACAGAAUGAAUUGAUUGAGUCAGCAGCGGAGAUGCUUUAUGGGUUGAUUCAUGUUCGUUACAUACUGACAACCAAAGGAAUGGCUGCUAUGUUAGAGAAGCUGAAGAAUGCGGAAUUUGGGCGAUGCCCAAGAGUAUUUUGCUGUGGACAGCCAUGCCUCCCAGUUGGUCAAUCUGACAUACCUCGAGCAGGCACUGUAAAGCUGUAUUGUCCCAAAUGUGAGGACAUUUUUAGCCCCCGAUCCAAGUUCCAAAGUAACAUCGAUGGUGCUUAUUUUGGUACAACUUUUUCUAACCUAUUCCUAAUGAGUUACGGGCAUCUCAAGCCACAGAAACCGUCGCAAAAAUAUGUACCAAGAGUUUUUGGCUUCAAGCUCCACAAGCCAUGAUGUGAAACAGGAUUUUCCCGAGGUUUUGAUUUUGAUAUAUUUCAAACUUUACCAGGAUAUGCGAGUAAGAUAUUUAAAUUGGAGAAAAAUAUGUCGCAAUGGAGCUUGGUUUAGUUAUGUGCAAGGUUAUUCAAAGUUCCAACCUUUCGAAUUCUACAAUUUAUCGGUGUUCUUUUUGUACUAUUUUUUUUAAAGAAAUUUAACAUUGGGUUAUGUUUGGCAUUUUGUUUAAAGCCAUUCUGGACUUGUGCACAACAGAAUGUGUAUUCAUUUAUGUAAUCCUGAAUUAUUUUUAUUAUUUUUUAUGCUUAUUAGCAUAAUAUUGAAUUUGAGCUUCAA